CCGGGACAAAGCUUGAAGGACAAUGAGAUCUCGAGCAAGCCUGCCAGGAAGCUCCACAAUACCAAACUCCCGCGGUAGGAGGAGCUUGACGAGUAGACGAGAUUCUCGCCCGCGCGCAGGAGAACGAGCGGAGCGGAGCAGGGAGCGGCCCGCUUUUCCUGUCUGUUCCCGCGCGGUGAGAGCGCGGCUUUGUGUCCGUGGAAACCGCUGAACUGUUCACCUUGAGGGGGCGGAAGGUCUGCCUUGGCGCUGCGCUAGUCCGUCAAGGUGGGAAGGGAAGGCGAAUGUGGAGCGCGAAGCUCUUGCAUGCAACAAUACUUCCGUAUGCUGAAAAGCGUUCUGUAGAUUCUGCACUAGGAGGAGGAGGAUGUGGAGGGGAGUUGUUCCAGCACCUUGAUCAUUUUAGCUACCCCUUUCUGAAUAUUUUCCAGCUCUACAACAUCCUUUUUUGAGUGAAAAAGAAUCAAGAUGUCUUCUGUCCCUGUUUCCAGUUCUCCUUCCCAGCUUACUGUGGCAUCACAAGUUCCUUUUGAAGAUCUCUGUUCAACAUUAGAACGAAUACAAAAAUGCAAAUCCCGAUCAGAGAAAACCAAGUGGUUCAAGGAGUUUUUAGAUUCCUGGAGGAAAUUUCAUGAUGCACUUCAUAAAAAUGAGAAAGAUGUGACAGACUCUUUUUAUCCUGCAAUGAGGCUUAUUCUUCCACAGUUAGAACGAGAGAGGAUGGCUUAUGGAAUCAAAGAAACUCUGCUUGCUAAGUUGUAUAUUGAACUGUUAAAUCUUCCCAAAGAUGGCAAAGAUGCUUUACAGCUGUUAAAUUAUCGAACACCUACUGGCUCACGGGGGAAUGCUGGAGAUUUUGCUGUGAUUGCCUAUUUUGUGUUGAAACAAAGAUGCCUCAGGAAAGGUCAACUGACCAUACAACAAGUGAAUGAUCUUUUAGAUUCAGUUUCUAAUAACAACGCUGCUAAAAGGAAGGAUCUGGUCAAAAAGAGUCUUCUUCAGUUAAUAACUCAGAGUUCAGCACUUGAACAGAAAUGGUUGAUCAGGAUGAUAAUAAAAGAUUUGAAACUUGGUGUCAGCCAGCAAACCUUACUUUCUCUCUUCCAUCCUGAUGCUGUAGAAUUGCACAGUGUUACGACUGAUUUGGAGAAUGUUUGUAGACAGUUACACAAUCCUUCUGUAUUUCUCAGUGAUGUUUCUAUUACGUUAUUUUCUGCCUUUAAACCAAUGCUUGCUGCUAUUGCCAACAUACAACAAAUUGAAAAACAAAUGAACAAUCAGAGUUUCUACAUAGAAACCAAAUUAGAUGGUGAGCGAAUGCAGAUGCACAAAGAUGGAGAUGUUUACAAGUAUUUUUCCCGAAAUGGAUAUGAUUAUACUCAGCAGUUUGGAGCUUCACCACUUGAAGGUUCAUUGACUCCAUUUGUUCAUAAUGUAUUUAAAAAUAAUAUUCAAAACUGCAUUCUGGAUGGUGAAAUGAUGGCCUACAAUCCAACCACAGAGACCUAUGUACAGAAGGGAAGCAAAUUUGACAUCAAAAAGAUGACAGAUGAUUCAGAAUUACAGACAUGCUUCUGUGUGUUUGAUGUUCUAAUGAUUAAUGACCAAAAGUUGGGUCAUGAGAUGUUAAGCAAUAGAUAUGAGAUGCUAAAUAACAGUUUUACACCAAUAGCAGGUCGUUUGCAGAUUGUUCCUAAAAAUCAAGCUAACAGUCGGAAAGAAGUAAUAGAUGCUCUGAAUGAAGCAAUAGAUCACAGGGAAGAAGGAAUUGUGGUAAAAGAUCCUAUGUCAACUUACAAGCCAGACAAACGUGGGGAAGGAUGGUUCAAGAUCAAACCAGAGUAUGUCAGUGGGCUGAUGGAUGAGCUAGACCUUUUAAUUGUUGGAGGCUACUGGGGGAAAGGGCAUCGUGGUGGUAUGAUGUCACAUUUUUUAUGUGCGGUUGCUGAGACUCCUCUACCUGGUGAAAAACCAUCUGUGUUCCACACUAUUUGUCGUGUUGGUUCUGGUUACACUAUGAAAGAGCUUUAUGACCUUGGCUUGAAAUUGGCCAAAUACUGGAAACCUUAUCAUAAAAGAAAUCCUCCUUUUAAUAUUUUGUGUGGAACUGAGAAGCCUGAAGUCUAUAUUGAACCUUGUAAUUCAGUCAUUGUUCAGAUUAAAGCAGCUGAGAUUGUGAGUAGUGAUAUGUACAAAACUGAUUAUACAUUACGUUUCCCUCGUAUUGAGAGGAUAAGAGAAGAUAAAGAAUGGCAUGACUGCAUGACUCUUGACAUUCUAGAGCAGCUCAGAGGCAAAGCUUCUGGAAAGCUAGCAACUAAGCACCUUGAUAUAGGUGAUGAUGAGCCACAAGAUAAGAAACGUAAAACUGUGCCCAAGAUUAAAAAAAUUGGUCUAAUGGAUUGUUUUAAAGCUCCUGAUCUUUCUAAUGUAAACCAAAUUUCCAGUAUAUUUGAAAAUGUUGAGUUUUGUGUUAUGACAGGGACACGAAACUCUUCAAAAUAUGAGUUGGAAAGUAAAAUAGCAGAAUACGGUGGCAGCAUAGUACAAAAUCCUGGUCCGGAAACCUAUUGUGUGAUUGCAGGAAUUGAAAAUGUCAGAGUGAAAAAUAUUAUUUCUUCCAACAAGCAUGAUGUUGUGAGAGCGGAGUGGCUUGUACAGUGCUUUCAAACCAGAACAUUUGUGCCUUGGCAGCCUGCUUUCAUGAUUCACAUGUCUCCAGAAACAAAGCACCAUUUUGCUUGUGAAUAUGACUGCUAUGGUGAUAGCUACACAGGUGAUACUGAUAUUGACCAACUAAAGGAGGUGUUCUCAAGAAUGAAUAACUUUCAGGAGGAGAUCUCUCGGGAUGUGAUUGCUGACAUAGAAGCACGUUAUUCAUGGGAAAGCUCUCCAUUAAGUAUGUUUAGGCAGUACACCAUUUACCUGGCCCUUUCUGAUGAACUGAGCAAUUCAGGUGCUAAGAUUAAACAAACAAAACUGUUAACUAAAGCGCUGAUACUUCGCUUUCAUGGAGCAAAAGUAGUCUCACAGCUUGAGGAGGGUGUGUCCCAUGUAAUCAGCGGAGAUCGUGCUGAUCUGAAGGAGAUAAAGACUGUGAGAAGAAUGUUCAAAAGGAAGUUUAAAAUUGUGUCUGAGCACUGGGUAAAGGAUUCUAUAAAGGCUGGGGAGUUACAAAAUGAAAAUGUUUACUUAAUUUAAAUAUGAUUUUAUUUAGUAGGAAAUAAAUUAUUUUGGUUAACUUCAUUUAUCUAUUUAAAAGAAUUCUGCCAGGCCCUUUUUAAUACUUUUUUGAAGUUUGUAGUUAAAUAAUAAGUAUGAUAAUGAGAGGAGUUUUCAAUACAGUGCUGAAAAAGAGGCAAUUUUAAAUUUUCUCUAGAAUUUAUUUAGAUGCUAAUUUCGCUUUUAUAGAAAAUACAGCUGUUUUGCUGUUUAAAACCCAAUUUGCAAUGAGUUAAUCUGGAGUAUGUGAACCUGAAAAAAUUUAGUCCUACUUAAACUAAAUGAGGCUGUAAUCAAAGCAAGCCUAAUGCCCUCCACUGCAGCAGAGCUGGCAUGAGGGUAUUAGGUCUCACUCUAUUGAUGGCUCUGCUAGCACAGAGUAUCCUGAUGUGCCCACCAAAACCACAGGCAGGUAGAAACCACUGCCAGCGGUAUCCUCACUGGCAAUAGUCAGUGUACUGUAAGCCCUGAAAUUGAGCUAGAGAAGAACUGGGCCGAUCAAGGAUGCACUGGUUCCUAAGCUGGUCCAGGGCCCUCUGCUGUGGCAGCCUGGAACUAUCACAGCAAAUAACUGCUGUCUUUCCAUCCUGGCAGGUGUGAGGGGCAGGGCCUCGGAUGAGGUGGUGACUCUGCAGCCCUGCUUCCAUCCGGGUUAGGGUUGCUCCUUAAGGCUUCAGACCAAUGCUGCGAUUUAACGGGUUUGUGGAUGAGGCUAAUAAUAAUUAAGAGUAGUAUCAAUUUAUAUUAUCUCAUUAAUAUUAUCUUAUAAUAAUGACAACUUUUAAAUGAAUAAUUGUCGUUUAAGUAGGAAAUAACUGUCUAUUAUAACACAAUGAUGCUAUCAUUAUUUAUUCUCUAGCACAGCCUUUCCCAACCAGUGUGCCUCCAGAUGUUGUUGGACCACAAGUCCCAUCUUUCCUGACCAUUGGCAAUGCUUGCUGAGGCUGAUGGGAGUUGUGGUCCAACAACAUCUGGAGUCACACUGGUUGGGAAAGGCUGCUCUAGCAGCUAUCAAAAUAAUUCAAAGUGGCUUGUCAGCCAAUUUUAGAAAAUACCAAGAAUUACUGUCUUUUAAAAUAAAUUAGACAAAAGCCAGUCUUAUGCAUGUUUAUACAUUCAAAAUAAACUCAUUAAAAUUUCAAAUUAUAAUCCUAAAUGCAACAUUAAAAAGUUAUUGCGGCUAUUCCAACAGAGUUAUUUUUAGACUUCAGUCCCACCGAGGUGGGACUGAAGGUGGUUGAACCAUCUUCUCCAAAGUCCUCCAGGGCUCUUGGUGGCAGGAAAGAAAUGAGGGUGGAGCAGCAAUCCAGCACUCCUGUCCUUUUACCAGCUAUUUUUAUAAAUUAGCUCUUUUCAUCCCACUGGGAACAACAGGAGGGGAAUCAGAGGGAGAGAUUUACUCCAGUUCCUAAGCUGGUUCCCCUUUUUGGCCCUUACCAACGUUAGAGUUCAAAAAAGUGUUGGAUGUUUCCAUAGCAGUGGAAUGUGGGCUUCCGACGUUCAAUCUCCCCAAUUAUGGAGAGGAGCCUCAGUGUACCCUAUGACCCCUGGGGUACACUCCCAGGGGCCACACAAUCUCAGCUUUAGGACUCUAAUUUGAAUUAAACGUUUAAACAAAAUCAGAUCAGGACAUUCAUUUCCUUUGCCAGUUGUAUAGGAAGAAAAUGUUUUCUCACAAUGUAUUUUAUUUUCAUCUGUGUUUUAGAAAUAUUCUGUCAGGAAUUAUACAAAUAAAAUACCUUUUUUAAAAACAA